UGCCAGCGACCAAAGGUCACUUUGAAGCCCAAGAAAGACUUGCUGCUGCGCGUUUCUGUCUUCGUGGGACGUUUCCUCGUGUGGGCCAUGACGGGGCCACCCGUGAGCAGGGCUCUCCUGACUCUUGGUCUUCUUCUCUCCGUGACAUGGAAUUCCGCCGGCGCUCACAAGUUUUCUGAUUUCAAGCUGUGCGCAGAUGAAGACUGCAAUGCCAUCAUGAGCCAUGUGAAGGCGCUCAGGGAUUACGAGGCUCCGGAUUGCCGCUACCUUUCCUUCAAGGCCAAGCAGAGGAUUCAGGUGUUCAUGAAACUCACCGGCGAGUCAGACUCCCUCUGGGCUGGCAGCUGUCAAGGGAAGAUUGGAUUUUUCCCAAAAGAUGUUGUCAAAGAAGUCCAGCCAUUUCUGAACGCAAAGGAGAUCAAAUUUCCGUCAAAGGAGAGGGACUUUCGUUGUCUCGAUGGAGAAUAUGUUGGGGAAGAAAACGACAGCAGUGAGGACAUUGAAGACAACUCAGCUGAAUUGGACUCGGCCGAAUUGGCUGUGGGCAACCCUGAGGUUGAGGAGUUCAUUGAAGACACCUCCUCGGAAGAGAACAUCAUCGGUUCUGGAGAGGACGACAUCUUGGCCGAAAGGGCCGACUUGGUAAAGCCUCCAGAGAAAACGUCCACCGGCAUUACCGCCACCAUGCAAGGGCUUCUGUCCAACACGGGAGGUAUCCUUGGAUGGUUCAGUGGAGACAAAGCUCCAUCUCAGUUCGAAACGGGCCCGGCGGCAGGUGACGCUGCAGGGCCAGGAGAUGCUGCUGAUCUGCUGAGCCACGUCGGCGACGAUCAGCAGGCCCCCCCAGGUGGCAACGCAGAGCUGGCAAGCGCCGUUGCGCAGUCGCCACGUGGGGACAGUGGGGACAGUGGUGCCGUCUCAUCCACGCCAGGUGACGUCGCGGCGGAACACGAGCAUGAGGUGCCUACAUCUGGAGAUGAGAUCGCCAAAGUGCCACCUGUGCCUGGAGGGUUCCUUAAUAACGUGCAGAGUCUCGUGAGUGGUUUCAACUUCUUCGGAUCUAAGCCGACACCAGACGACAAGCCCGCUGGUACAGGUGGGAUCGUUACAAGUGAAAGGAGCGAAGAGACAAUCUUGAAAGACCGUUCCCCGACUUCUCAGCCCAUAGAUGAAUCUCAGGCCUUGGUUGAGGCUUCAGCCCCAGAUAAACCCCCAGCUGAUGCUUCAGCAGAUCUGAGCAAUAAUGCGAACGUUGAAGUGAUUACAAAAGACCCACAGCUGCCAAGCGCAGAGCCACUGGCGGAUGGGAACACGCUUGUGUUAACAGAGGAGAGCAACGGUGGGGACAUCAGCGUAUCUCCCGACACCUCUUCUACUGGUGACCGUGGAGGUAAGGUGGAUUCCACUGAUGGUAGCUUUUACAAUAAUGCCAAAUGGAUGUUCUCAGGGUUUGGAAUGUUCCCCAACAACAAAGCCACUGGCCAAACUGAUGGCGCUAAGCAGCAGUCGAGCAUUGACGGAAACUCUCCAGAAUAUCUCUCAAAUGUGGAAAUAACUUCCGAAAAGGCAAUACCUGAAGACACUGCGCCGACAGCCAGUGAGAUUAUGCCAGUGGCUGGGCAGUCACUCAAAGGGCAUGAUUAUUAUGUCAUCUCAGAACAAGAUGAUGCUUUAUCUCAAGCUGAAAACCACACUUUCGAAUCGGAAGUCCAUGACUAUGUUCAAAUCGAAAAAAAAUUGGAUGAUGGCAAUGGAGGUGACAGCUCGUCUCAGCAGAUGCAAGACCUGGUGGUGGAUACAGGAGAUGGAAAAGCAGCAGAAAUGCCUCUGGAUGGGGCAGAGAACAAAUCUCCUCAAUCGAGGUGGUUUCCUGGCUUUUUGAACCAUGCCCAGGAGGUGACUAAACUGUUUAAGAGAAAAACGGCCAAGGAUAAGAUGAGCUCAGAUGCAAAGGACAUGGCGGCACCCGGUAAAGUGUUUGAAACAAAUGGCCAAGGGCAACCACCUCAGCUAGCUACAACUGGAGGCAUGGCAAAUGAAGGUGAUCAGAAUGAAAACACAACCCUGUGGCCAGAACCUACACCUGCCAACAGCUCACAGGUUCAAGAUGGUAUUAGCCAAGAAGAACAUAUUUUGCAGGUCAAAAGUCACAUGCAAAAUGAAACGGAGGAUACCAUGGACGUUGCUCAAGAUGAAAAUGGUGACUUGGAUGGCGAUCCAACUUCUGUUGAUGCUGUCACAACAGAUUCAAAGGAUUCUGCAAAUGAAGAGGAAGGAAUAAUAUUAUUGGAGCACCAAGAUAUCGAUAAUGAAAAACAAGAUGCGACUUUACAUCAUGAGAAAUCUGACUCUGACGGAUUGAAUGUUGAAAGUGAUGAAUCAGUUGCUGUCAGCGAUGAGAAAACAGAAGUUGGUCAUGGUUCUGAUGUUUCAGAUGAUGCACUCCUUAGCACUGAUAGCGAUUGUGCAAAGAGUAUUGAUGAAGUGACUGAUGGCACAAGAUCUGAGCAUGACAGUGCUUCUAUCAAUGAUAUUACCCUUGAGAAUGAUGACAAUGCACUUGUGAAUGAACGCCCGCCAAGCCCAAAUGAGGAUAGAGACAGGUCAAACGGUCUGUUUGAAGGCCAGCUGUCAUCUGAAUCGGUAACAGGUGACAAUGCGAGUAUCGUAGAAGAUGGCAGUGACCUUAAACCAAGUGAACAACCUUCUCUGGAAGAAUUUUCACCAAGUGAAGAUAGCCUUGAAGAAAGUUCACUUGAGCUCAAUGCAAAUCAACCAUUUGAAUACCAAAGUGACUAUGUGGACGACAGCAUUGAUCAAGGUGGCACAGAACCUCUACCAACUCAACUUGAACCUGAAGAGAGUUCUCAGGACCAAAUUGAAGUACAACAACAUGCAACAUCAACGGUUGAAGACACCGAUGUGGAGAAGAUAGCGUUGCAUCGUGGAGAAGAUGCCGUUGAAUCUAUGUUUGAAAUGCUUCCAAAUGUAAGUCAGCCUGAAGCCACGCAAGGUGAAGCAAAGGAAAUUUUGUCUUUCGAACAAACUGAAGCUGCUACAGAAGGUGAUGGUGUAGGUGAAGCCUCGCAUGUUGAAGAAACUCCAAUUGAACAAAAUAAACCUGAAGUUGAUUCAUCAAAGAUAUUGGAAGGCAAUGUAUAUGAAGAAUCAACUUUUAAGUAUCAUGACGGUGCUGCCAAAGAUGGUGGUGUGCAUGAAGAUGACACAUCGUUGGUUGAUACAUCUCUGCAACAAGCGCUUGAGCCGGAACAUGGCUUAGUGGAUAACAUGGAAUACGAACAUCAUGAAGGCCUAGCUUCAAAGCUUGACACAGCUGAUGUGGAAAGCGAUGGCAUUGAUGAAAAUGAAACAUCGCCUGCUGAUGAACUUUUGCAAUAUCCACAUGAGACUGAAAUAAUUCCAUCCGAUCCACGUGAAGAAUCAGAUGUGGAGCUUCUAAAAAAUUAUGUCGAAAGUAAUGGAGCAGAAGAUGGUGAAACUUUUUCUGGUGACGAGACUUUGCAAACUUGGAAUGAGAAUAAAGAGACUCCAUCAGACCAAGGAACCCAAGUAGGAGAUGACCCGCAUGAAGACUUAAUUUUGCAUCAAGAGGACAAUUCUCUAGAAAGUGACGAUAUUAAGGAAGAAUUACACAUCAAAACGCCACCAAAUCCACUUGUCACUGAAGAUCAUAUUGGCGAAAGCGUCAAUUUGAAGAACGAUACCAUAGCUGAAGAGGUUAAAAACGAAGACACUAUGCCAUCUGUUGAAGUGGUUGCACACACAGUGAAUGAGCCCGAAGAUGACUCAAGAAGCUUGAAUGUAGUAUACCGAAAUGACUUUUCAGACGAGCCACAGGAGUUAGGCUCUGUUGCUGAUGUUGACGCUGAAAAUGAACACGGCAUCAUCGACAGCGCACAAUUUGUCCCUGAACCUGAAAUGAGUGGCACCACAUCUCAGUAUGCCAACAGCAAUUUUGAUCCCGGAUUAACGGAUCCUGAAAUGAUGGCUAGUGAGCGCAUACAGCUGGAUGAGCAUGUAACAUCAAGCCAGCAGGACAAUGCUGACACCAGCACAGUGAUUGGGUGGCGUGAGCCUACCAGUGACGCCGAAGUGAUGGAUUAUAUGGGUGCGGGUGCAGGAACGGUUGACGUUUUGAUCGUUAGCGAUCAAGGUAAUUUGGCACAAAAGGAGCCGACUGUAGAUGCUGUUAAAGCGAGCUACACUUCCACAGGCAGCAUCGUGGGGGAGAACGACGACACGACGAGUGACGCGGUCGCUAUGGAAAUGCAAAACCAAAAUGAUCGCUCAGAAUCUGAGAUUAUUGUUGCACCGGUACGAGAUAUGGGAAUGGUGAGCGAAAGACGUACGGACGAUGAUUUGGUGCCAGAAGUCAGUGUUGCUGAAAACGUAGAUUUAAUAGACACACGCAGUUCUCAAGACGCAGGCGACGCGUCUCAAACACUGGUGACAGCAGAAGCUGAAGUUCUGCACGGCGCAUCUCAGGAACAAGAGGACCAACCCAGCGACAGCUCUCCGACAUCCGGAGAGUCCCAGGCGAUGCUGGAAGAACAAGACAUUGUGAAGGAACGUUCAGUCACGAAGCUAGGAAAUGAUGCCCCCAUUGUGGCUUCACAUAGAACUAAGGAGCAGGAACCACGGUUGACCAACUCAGAGAUUUCAGAAUCAAUAGCAAAGGUCGGAAGGGUGCACCGAUCUUAUGUGAAAGCAGGUCUUUCCGAGUCCUUGGACGAACCGAUGUUGGAUGUUGGUGUUGGGUCGCUGCCGGUGCCAUGGCUCGUGUCCAGGCUGGACCAUCUGCUCCUGAGGGCCUCCACCUCCGUGUGGCCAUCGCUGGCACCCACAGUCACCCUGAUGGUGCCAGACUGGGUGUGCCCAGGUGGAGUGAAGAACGUUCGGCAGUUCACUCCAUUGGCCAUGGCCGCCCUCGGCGCUCUGGGGGUCAGCAGCCUGCUCCUGGGCUUUGUGUUCCGCCUCUGCUCUGUGAUAAAGAAUAGAAGAUGUCUAUCGAGGGAAGCAAAACUGAUGUGCCAGGUAGCUGCUCUUCUCCAGGAAAAAUCAGCACUCGCCCUGGAAAUCAGCAACUGCACUCAAAAGUUGGCAGCAAAGCAAGACGCCGAGGAGGAGCCGCUUCGUCAGGCGGGCUCGUCGGGACACGUGGCGGAGCUGCGGGAGUCGAAUGCUGAGCUGCGGCGCCUCGUGGCUGAGCUGCGGAGCGCCGCGAGCCAAGUGACCGCGGCGCUGAGUGACGUCCGCAGCGAGCACCGGGGGCGCCUAGACCAGGCGUCACCAACGAGGGACGAGGAGGACGAGGAGGACGAGGAGGGGGGAGAGAAUGAGGAUCUGGGAUCUAAGCUCGUUGAGGCAGAACAUCUCCUGGCUGCCGCCCUGAGCAGAGUGGACGUCCUUGCUGCCACCCUGCAGACCUCGAUCCAGAGCAGAGACAGCCUUGUGAGUGGCACCGAGCAGCUGGAGGUGGAGGAGCUGCGACGUUGCAGGGAGGAGGUGGCCGCUCUGCGGCGAGGCCUGGAGGAGGCGAGGUCCACGCAGGCCGCACUGGACACCACCCUGGCCGCCAGGUGCUCCGAGCACCAGAUGAUGUCGGAGGGUCUGCAACAGCUGGAGUUGCUGGGUGGGAGCGCGUUGGGUGCCGACGGCCCGGGAGGCUCCUAUCCGGUGUGGGCGUCAAGCGAGCACCACGCUACCAAUGCCGUGCUGAUGAAGGCCACGAUUGAGCGUGUGGAGGGCGAGACUCUGAGACUCGGGGAGCAGCUGCUGAGCGAGGAGAGAGCCACCCAGGAGCUACGAGAGCGGGCGAGCGCCUUGAGGAGGGAGUGCGCGGCGGUGCGGCAGGACGAGGAGCAGGGCCGGAGAGGGGCGGAGGCGCUGCGCGUGCGCCUCCAGCUGCUCACCGACAUGCACCGCGGCACGGACGCGUCGCUCAAGAGGGAGUUGUCUGAAAAGGAGAACUCUGGGCAGACGAAGGCUUCUGCGUGUUCAGAGGCUGAACAGAAAGCACUGCAAGCGAUGGAGGAAGCCACACAAUACAAGCAGCGCGUGAGUGACCUCAAAAGGGAGCUCAGGCAGACGGAAGACUCCUUCAGGGAACAAAUUUCUACGCAAGAGAAGGACAUUCACGAGCAGUGGUUUGCUGCUUGCAAGGCCAAGAGGGAGCUCGUGGAGGUCAGGAAAGAAAUGAGCGUGCUCCAGAGGUUGUCCGAGGUGAAGGGCAGCGCCACCCAACUCGUGCACCCCACGCCAAGUCGCCCUCCCACCGGCCCGCCACUGGGCGCCUUCCCCCCUGAACCUACAAGCGGAUUGGUGCCGGACAGGAGGCGGAGCCUCCCAUCUCCUGGCCCCCCUCAACACAGGGGACCCCAGCACCACGGAUCCAACAGCUCCCUGGCAUCCAGCUGCAGUCUGGACGUCGAUAAUGACGGACGCCUGGCUGUGGCGCCACCACGACGGCCAUCCUCCCACUGCGGAGCUCCGCUCUCGCCACCGCCCACCCUCGGAGGCUCCUUCACGGAGCCCUCGCCUUUCCGACCUCGCCGAGGAGGCCCUCUCUCCCCGCUUUUUGGAGCUCCGCGCUGGUGCCCCGCUGCACCGUGGGGACCGCUCUCGCCUCCAGGGAGCGACAUGGGCCCGAGGCGCAACCUCUCCCCGCUGAUGGACCCCCGCAUGCUGCUGCCCAGCCUACCACCUGCUGCUGCUCCUCUUCCACCUCCGCACAGGGGCUUUGCGCAGCCUCCUAGAGCGUUUCCUCCAGCACGGAGCCCAGCUCCGCUGUACGGCCCAGCCCCACCGUACGACCCACGCCACGUGCCUUGCAUUCAGGGCCGGGCAAACCAAGCUGAAGGCGCGAGAAGCCAGGCGAUGUCACCGCCUCCUCCGGGCCCUCCGAGAAAAGCGUCCACCCCAAAGUAAACUUCCCAAGGCUGUAGCGGCUCUCAUGGAGCCGUCGCAGCAAGCUCACAGUGGUCUUCCUCUGCAGAGGGUGACCCAAGGGAAAUGUGAAAUGUCCCCGCGCUCUAACCAGUGCUGGAUGGUGGUAUUGAGCCACUGGUGAAGAAGACGCAUUGCGACGGCGGGGACCAGUUUAUCCACAGCACAACAAACCGCCGACUUCUCACCAAGUGGCGCAGCCUCAACGGGUGGUGGAUAAUGGACCGAGGAGCGACGAUGAUCAUUGUUGUCAACUCCGCUUUGGGUGCGAACUUGCAAUCUAACCUUCGGAGGGCCUGCAGCUUUACCAAGGGAGUUCCCCACUCUUCACGGCAAGGGUUUAUACAAGCAAGACGAGUCGACGUUCCCUCGUGAAUGGAAUACUCCCGUGCGCCAAUUUCCUAAGAGCGGUUCCUUCACACAAGCCAGUGAAUGUGCACUGCUGUUAAGGAGACUCUGCGUUUUCUCUCAACUCGCCAGGUUGGUCAGGGAAGUUUAUAAGAUGUGAUGAUAUACCCCCCCCCCCCACUUUAUCCCACCACAAGCAAGUUGGCAAUCAAAUUCAAGCCAUAUGACAUGGGUGGAAACCAAAAAUGUACCAAGGUUGUCCAUCAGAGAUUUUAACUGACAUGACAAGGCAAUUAACUGGGGAAGCUUGGAUUGGGGAGUAAUUUACCAACCUUUACACCACGUUACAUAAUGAAACACUGCCUUUAAUAGAUAUGACAGUUAACGCUCUAUAAACCAAAGAUGAUUCAGGUUGCCUAAUUGUAUUCAUUCGUGGUUGUGCUGUAGAGUUCUCCAAAUUGUUCGCUGCUACUCAUUCGUUGUGGGUUGGUGCCCAUGUGACCACAGACAUGUUGGAAAGUCAACCAAUUACAUUAAGUUUAAAUAAAGCCAAGACGCGUUCAACAUCUUGACACCCAUUCUACGUAGGCAGAACAAAUGUUGUAGAACAUAGUUGACUAUUACACGUGUUUUUGUUUUAUUUGUGCCAUCUCACUCCAUUGACAGAUGGUGACAAUGAGGCUGUGUCAAACCUGUAAGGUCGCAGGUCGAUUGUAAAAAGCUGUGAGUUGUGACAGAAGGAAGUGAUGGCAAAGUGACGUGGCAUCGAUUAAAAUGACCACGAUGACUUAUUGGAUGUUGAUUAACUGCUUAUGUGU